UUCAUACUACAAGGAGGCUGCUGCACCGUGGUCCUCAGUACUUAUACAGCUUAGCUGACGGAGAGAGGGAGGCAAAGAAGAGAGAGAGAGAGAGAGAGAGAGAGAGAGAGAGAGAGAGAGAGAGAGAGAAAGAGAAAGGAGGGAUGGGUGCAGAGUGUGUGAGGAGCGAGAAGUCACUGUGAUUCCACCAAACAGUGAAGUUUCCUCCAGCUCAGCUCUGCUCUUCUCUACCUAGUACCUGAGGCCCUGUGUGUGUCCAGCAUGAGUAACAUCUACGAGUCUGCAGAGGCGACCCUCGGCCUGUGCAACUCUUCCUGUCUGACCAAGGUUGAGCUGAGAGUGGCUUGUCACGGGAUCUCAGACCGAGAUGCCCUUUCUAAACCAGACCCCUGUGUUGUCCUCAAGAUGCAGUCACACGGACAGUGGUUUGAGGUGGACCGGACAGAGGUGAUCCGUAGCAGUAUCAGUCCAGUGUUCUCUAAGGUGUUCCUGGUUGACUUCUACUUUGAGGAGGUGCAGCGUCUUCGCUAUGAGCUACAUGACAUCAGUCCCACUCACAACGGACUCAGAGACACAGACUGCCUCGGAGCUAUGGAGUGCACAUUGGGACAGAUCGUGUCCCAGAGGAAACUGUCCAAAGCAUUACUUAAACAGGGAAACACUACCAGCAAGUCCUCGAUCACGGUAACAUCAGAGGAGUUGUCAGGUAAUGAUGACUACGUGGAACUCUCCUUCAGAGCUCGGAAGCUAGACGACAAGGAUUUCUUCAGUAAAUCAGAUCCAUUUUUGGAAAUCUUCAGAAUAAAUGAUGAUGGCAGUGGAUCACUUGUUCACAGAACUGAGACGGUGAUGAACGACCUCAGCCCGGUGUGGAAGUCAUUCAAGGUCUCUCUUAACACACUGUGUAGUGGAGACCACGACCGCCAACUAAAGUGCACAGUGUAUGAUUGGGACUCCAAUGGGAAGCACGACUUCAUUGGAGAGUUUCAGACCACCUAUAAGGAGAUACGGACAGACCUGGAGGGGAGACAGAUGCAAUGGGACUGUAUAAACCCGAAGUACCAAAUGAAGAAGAAGAACUACAGAAACUCUGGCGUCAUCGUCCUCAACCACUGUAAGAUCAUCAAGAUGUAUUCUUUCCUGGAUUACAUCAUGGGAGGCUGUCAGAUCCAGUUCACAGUGGCCAUAGACUUUACAGCGUCAAACGGAGACCCCAAAAACAGUUGUUCUCUCCACUACAUCCAUCCAUACCAGCCCAAUGAAUACCUGAAAGCCCUGGUGGCUGUGGGUGAAAUAUGUCAAGACUAUGACAGUGAUAAGAUGUUUCCAGUGUUUGGGUUUGGAGGUCAGAUCCCACCUGAUUUCAAGGUCUCACACGAUUUUGCCGUGAACUUUGAUGAAGACAAUCCAGAAUGUUCUGGUAUCCAGGGUGUGGUGGAAGCCUACCAGGGCUGUCUUCCUAAAAUCCAGCUGUACGGACCGACCAACAUUGCUCCCAUCAUACAGAAAGUUGCUUCUUCUGCCUCAGAGGAGAUGCACACCAAGGAAGCUAUGGAGUAUUUCAUCCUGUUGAUCCUAACAGAUGGAGUGAUAACAGACAUGGCCGACACUAGAGAAGCUAUAGUCCAUGCUUCCCACCUACCCAUGUCUGUCAUCAUAGUAGGAGUGGGAAACGCUGACUUCAGUGACAUGCAGAUGCUGGACGGAGACGAUGGAAUACUCAGGUCCCCAAAAGGAGAGCCUGUUCUCAGAGACAUUGUCCAGUUUGUUCCCUUUAAAGACUUCAAACAUGCGUCCCCGGCUGCGCUAGCUAAGAGUGUGUUAGCAGAGGUGCCCAAUCAGGUGGUGGAUUACUACAACGCAAAAGGAAUCCGUCCAAAAUGUCUGUCUGACUAUGACGAAUCUACCAGACCCUUCAGUCCCUGAUCACACAAACACAGACAUUAUAAACACACACACACCCAUUACACACCCAUUAUAAACACACACACACCCUUUAU